AUCUAGUGGGUGCCUCUCUCGGAGAGUAAUUGUGUUUGUUGCAUUAGUUUGGCUGCGCGCGGUAUCAUAAAAGUAGUGCAAUUAGUUUCGUACACCCGACAGCAUAAGCUACCUCGUAUAUGAUCAUACUACAUAAUACCUGAGUACCUGAGUGAUACAUGUUCCGCGAUGAAGACUGCUGCGAAUACGAUUUUUCGGUAUACCACCGCCCCGGUGGUCGUCUACGUGAUUCUGCUGACGACGACGACCGUGUCUAGUCAAAACCUAAAUGAUGGAUCGUUCGGAGCUGAUGGAGAUGUCGACUAUCAAGAUUUCCAAUUACCACCUCAAAGACCUCUCCAAGGUGCAGCUGGUGUCCCUCAAAGAUCGGCUGCCAGACCUCGAUCUCCGGCUAUUCCCAGUGCCAGUGCUCAAACCAAAGUUACACCUGUACCAAUCCUGAAACAAAUCAACAGACACAACGAAGACGGCUCCUACACGUACGGUUUCGAAGGAGCCGACGGCAGUUUCAAAAUCGAAACGAAAUCCGCCACCGGCGAAGUAUUCGGUAAAUACGGCUACGUCGACGACAGCGGUAAAGUCCGCACUGUCGAGUACGGAGCCAACAAAUACGGUUUCCAACCAGCCGGCGAAGGUAUCACCAUACCUCCGAUAACCAUCGGUAACGACACCGAAGACACUUCCUUCAACGACGCUCCAGCCAACGAAGAACAAGGUCCAGCUUUCAUCCCAGUACCAGUCCGACCCCAAAAACCAGCUUCGCCUAAAAGAAAACCACCCAAACAGCCUCAGCCGCAAUUCCAGCAACCCCAGUUCCAAUUCCAACAACCUCAGCCACAAUUCCAACAACCCCAACCACAAUUCCAACAACCUCAGCCUCAGCUCCAGCAGCAAUUCUUGGUAGAUCAACGUAUCGCCAGACCGCAAAUCCCACAACAACCUUAUUUCGUUCGCGAACCCGAAGACGUACAGAUCCGACCCCAACCACCUCAAAGACCACCUACUCCAUCGGAUAUCAACUCCUUGCAAUUGAUCCUCGGCAACGACCUCAGAGACGUACCACCGCAACAGUUCCAAUUCCGAGGCAACGAACUCCCUCCUCAGAGAACCUUCCCUGUCGAAGAAACUCCCUCCGAAGAACCAGUUCCACGACCUUUCCCAGCCAGUUUAACCAUUCCUAGCGUUUUCGAUCAGCAACCUCAAUUCGCCCAGCAAGCUCCUUCUCCUGCCCCUACCCCGAUCGAUUUCAAUCAACAGUUCGACUUUUCCGGCGCCGCAGCCGGUGUCCCUGCCAGAGCACCUCCAGCUUUCAGAGCUUCCGCCAGAAGCCAGCAACCUAAACCUAAAACGAGACCUCAAGUCUUAUUCAUCUCGCAACCAGAAGAUGUCCAGCAACCGGCUGCAGUAAGGAGGAACUCCAACAACGCUGGUCCGGAAACCAGAAGUAUUCUGGAUGAAUUAAUUAAACAAUACGCUAUCUCGAACGCGUCUCCUGCCAUCAAUGAUUUCUCAUUUUCUCAAAAUGGCCAAGCCUAAUCUCUCUUUCCAUCCAUGUUCGUCGUCCGAUAUUUAUUGAGAAUCGUAAUUAAAUUUUUAUAAGCUGUGAUUUCUUUUUCUAUUUUGCCAUUUUUUUUUUGCCUUAUAUAUUUUGUUUUUGUGACGAAAGGACGAUUUUCUAUCGUAUUUUUAGUAUUAUGAUUUUUUUUAUAGUUUGUAAAUAGUGUGUAAAGAUUUUUUAUCUUGACUUUUUUUUUCCUUCCUUUAUUUUAAUAUUUUAGUAAUAAAGAUUUUCUUUCUGA